AUGCUAUGCGGCUCGCCGUGGAGUUUGGCGACUGCAAAUAGGUUUGCGAAUGGAAGAGCAUCAGUAGCAGUAGUAAGCUACAGAAGCUUCACUUUCCUAACCGGGGCGAGGGAAAAGGAAGAGAGGACGACGAAGCAACGAAUCUGCAAUCGCAAAUUCCUUUCGUUCACUCUUCUUAACUCUUCUUCGUCUGUUGCGAUUGGGGGAAGGAAAUCCGCAGAGAUGGUGGCUCGCUGCACGUUCAAAUCCGAUGAUACCGUGAUAAAAUCGCCCAACGACAGGCGAUUGUACAGAGUGCUCGAGCUGGAUAAUGGGCUCUGCGCUUUGCUUGUCCACGAUCCUGAGAUUUAUCCCGAUGGGGAAGCUUCUAAGCCUGGAGAAGAAGGGGACUCCCAAACCCUUGGCAAUGGAGUCAGGGCAAUGUCGGAGGACGAUGAGUUCGAUGAUGGUGAUGAGGAGGAAGACGAUGAUGAUGAUGAUGAAGAUGCAAUUGAUAUUGAAGUUGAAGGUGAAGAUGAAGAUGAAGAUGAAGAUGAAGAUGAAGAUGAAGAUGAAGAAGGGGAUGAUGAUGAAGAAGAAGAAGGGAAAGGGAAGCGGAAGGGAGGACAUUCUCAGACUAAGAAGGCAGCUGCAGCAAUGUGUGUUGGUGUGGGCAGCUUCCUUGACCCUGAGAAUGCACAGGGUCUGGCACACUUUCUAGAACACAUGCUCUUUAUGGGGAGUUCGGAAUUUCCAGACGAAAAUGAGUAUGAUAGUUAUUUGUCCAAGCACGGGGGUUGUUCAAAUGCAUACACAGAAACGGAGCACACCUGUUACCAUUUUGAAGUGAAGCCUGAGUUUCUUAACGGUGCAUUGAGAAGGUUUUCUCAGUUUUUCAUUUCUCCGCUUGUAAAAGCUGAAGCCAUGGAAAGAGAGGUCCUUGCAGUAGAUUCAGAAUUUAAUCAGGUUUUGCAAAAUGAUGCUUGCCGACUUCAACAGCUCCAAUGUCAUACAUCUGAACCUGGACACCCUUUUAACAAAUUCUUUUGGGGGAACAAGAAGAGUCUUGUAGAUGCUAUGGAGAAAGGGGUAGAUUUGCGGGAACAGAUUCUAAAAAUGUACAAUGAGUACUAUCAUGGCGGAGUUAUGAAACUUGUUGUCAUUGGGGGAGAGUCUUUGGAUGUUUUGGAGGAUUGGGUUGCAGAAUUAUUUACCAGUGUCAAGAAAGGUCCUCGAGCACAGCCUACCUUUCAGGUAGAAGGUCCCAUCUGGAAAGCUGGUAAAAUUUUUAGGUUAGAGGCAGUAAAAGAUGUUCACAUCCUCGAUUUAAUUUGGACGCUACCAUGUCUCCGCCAAGAUUAUCUGAAAAAGUCUGAAGAUUAUCUGGCCCAUCUGUUGGGGCAUGAGGGCAGAGGAAGUUUACAUUCUCUUUUGAAAGCUAGAGGAUGGGCAACUUCAUUGUCUGCUGGGGUAGGGGAAGAAGGAUUGAAUCGAUCUUCUAUAGCCUAUGUAUUUGGCAUGUCCAUACAUCUGACUGACUCAGGGUUGGAAAAGAUAUUUGAGAUUAUUGGCCUUGUUUAUCAAUAUAUGAAGUUAUUACGUGAAGUUUCUCCACAAGAAUGGAUCUUUAAGGAACUACAGAAUAUUGGAAACAUGGAAUUCAGAUUUGUAGAGGAGCAGGCUCAAGAUGACUAUGCAGUGGAUCUUGCAGAAAACUUGCUCAUUUAUCCUGCUGAACAUGUUAUUUAUGGGGACUAUGUCUACAAGAUAUGGGAUGAUGAGAAACUAAGAAAUAUUCUUAGUUUUUUCAAACCAGAGAACAUGAGGGUUGAUGUGGUGUCCAAGUCAUUCUCCAAUUUACAAGAUUUCGUACUUGAACCUUGGUUUGGAUCACGAUACACCGAGGAACAGGUUCCACCUUCUUUAAUGCAGCUGUGGAGUAAUCCACCCGAGAUUGAUAGUUCACUGCAGCUUCCUCUGAAGAAUGACUUCAUACCAACUGACUUCUCCAUUCGCUCUGAUAAAUCAGACUACAACCUGCCAAGAUGCAUACUUGAUGAGCCAAUAAUGAAGUUCUGGUACAAGAUUGACAGUACUUUUAAACAUCCUCGUGCAAAUACAUUUUUCCGCAUUAAUCUCAAGGGGGGCUAUGAUAAUGUGAAGAAUUGUCUUCUCACGGAACUAUUUAUUCAUCUACUGAAGGAUGAGCUGAAUGAGAUAAUAUAUCAGGCUAGUGUUGCCAAGUUGGAGACAUCUGUAUCUUUCGUUGGUGACAAAUUGGAGCUGAAGGUUUAUGGGUUCAAUGACAAGGUCUCAGCUUUACUGUCGAAAGUUUUGAUGAUAGCCAAAUCUUUCAUCCCCACAGAUGAUCGAUUUAAGGUUAUCAAAGAGGAUGUCGAGAGAGGGCUUAAAAAUGCCAACAUGAAGCCUCUCAAUCAUUCUUCCUAUGUGAGACUCCAGGUUCUUUGUAAGAAAUUCUAUGACGUACAAGAGAAGCAAGAUGUUCUCCAUCACCUAUCUCUAGACGAUUUGAAAGCAUUUAUUCCAGAGUUGCUUUCCCAGCUCUAUGUUGAGGGUCUAUGUCAUGGAAAUUUGUUAGAAGAAGAAGCACUUGGCAUAGCAAAUAUUUUUAGAACCAACUUCCCUGUGCAACCACUUCCCGUAGACAUGCGACAUAAAGAGUAUGUGGUCUGUCUUCCUGCUGGUGCCAAUCUCGUCAGAGAUGUGAAUGUGAAGAAUAAAUCCGAGACAAACUCAGUUCUUGAGCUUUAUUUCCAAAUUGAGCCUGAAGGGUCGGAAGCAUUCAAAUUGAAAGCACUGAUUGACCUUUUUGAUGAGAUUGUGGAAGAACCACUUUUCAAUCAGCUAAGGACUAAGGAGCAACUUGGUUAUGUUGUUCAGUGCAGUCCUCGAGUUACAUAUCGUAUUUAUGGAUUUUGCUUUGUUCUUCAAUCUGCCAAGUACAACCCAGUUUAUUUGCAAGAGAGAGUGGAGGGGUUCAUAAAUGGCCUCGAGGAAUUGUUGGAAGGGCUUGACGAAGCAUCUUUCGAGAGCUACAAGAACGGGUUGUUGGGUAAACUACUUGAAAAGGAUCCUUCUCUCCAUGACGAGACCAAUCGCUUGUGGGGUCAGAUUAUUGACAAAAGAUAUGUGUUCGACUUCUCGCUGAAGGAAGCGGAGGAACUGAAGGCUAUUACCAAAAACGACGUGGCCAAUUUGUUGAGGACUUAUUUGAUUCAGUCGUCCCCUAAAUGUAGGAGGCUUGCAGUUCGAGUGUGGGGUUGCAAUGCUGACAUGGAGGAGCUCAAAGGGCGACCGGUUUCCGAACAAGCCAUCGGAGACAUUCCGGCCUUCAAGAUGUCUACUGAAUGUUACCCCAGUGUUUGCUGA